AUGAACGAAUUUUCGGUCUUAUAUGACGAUGUUUGUCAACGUGUUUCACGAUCCCUUACGGAAGCACUAAAACCGUUUGACGGUAUCGAUACAGUUGCUACUCAUGGUGGAUAUAAUCCAGUGUAUUUAGAGGAAGUGGGGCGUCCUGUUGUCCCGCCAAUAACUUUGUCGUCUACUUUCCAACAGCUUUCUCCUGGUGUCGCAAAAUAUGACUAUUCUAGGUCUGGGAAUUUCUCUCGGGAGUGUUUGGAAAAGUGCAUAGCAUCUCUGGAAGACGGCCAUGACUGCUGUGUCUUUAGUUCUGGUCUUGCAGCCUUAGGAACUCUCAUUCAGGUCUUAUCAAGUGAUAACCACAUCGUUGCGUUCGAUGAUCUAUACGGAGGAAAUGGGCGAUAUCUGCGUCGACUUGCCUCGAAAUCUGGAAUAACAACUACUUUCGUUGACAUGCGUGACUUGAAUUCGUUUCAACAGGCGUUACAGAAAAACACUCGCUUAGUCCUUAUAGAAUCUCCAUCAAAUCCUUUAAUGCGUCUGGUCGAUAUAAGUGCUGUUGCGUCUAUCGCUCAUGAGUUUAACAAAGAAAUUAUUGUUGUUGUUGACAAUACUUUCAUGAGUUCUUAUUUUCAACGUCCACUUGAUCAUGGAGCAAAUGUUGUCUUACACUCUCUCACAAAGUAUAUGAAUGGUCAUUCUGAUGUAGUUAUGGGCGCGCUGGUUACACGUAAUCAGUCAGAACUACACAAGCAGCUAAGAUUCAUACAGUAUGCUGCAGGAGCUGUUCCGUCUCCAUUUGACUGCAUGUUAUGUCUUAGAGGAUUACGCACAUUACCAAUACGAAUGAAAGCGCACAUGCGAAAUGGACUUAUAGUGGCUAUGAUGCUUGAGAAACAUCCGCUAGUUGAAAGGGUUCUACAUCCAGGCUUAGAGUCAUUUCCUCAAAGGGAUAUUAUCGCAAAGCAGAUGCGUGGUUUUAGUGGUAUGAUAACUGUUUAUCUACGAUGUACUGGGGAACAAACAAAAACGUUUAUUACAAAUCUGAAGCUGUUUACGUUAGCCGAAAGUUUAGGGGGUUAUGAGAGCCUUAUUGAAAUUCCGUCCAUUAUGACACACGCAUCAGUCCCAGAGGAGGUUCGUGAGGUCAACGGGAUCACUGGGAAUAUGCUUCGCUUGUCAGUGGGACUAGAAGAUCCGAAAGACCUAUCACUCGACUUAUAUGAAGCUUUUGACAAAUUGAACCAGAAUUCCAAACCCAUAUAA